AUGGCCGCCUCCACCGUCUCUGUCUGCUCCAGUGACCUGAGCUAUGGCAGCUGCGUCUGUCUGCCUGGUUCCACUGAGUCCUGUACAGGCUCCUCCUGGGAGAUGGAAGACUGUCCAGAGAGCUGCUGUGAGCCCUCCUGCUGUGUCCGCACCUGCUGUGUCCCCACUUGCUGCCAGCCCACCUGUUGCGCCCCCACCUGCUGUAUCCCUGCCUGCUGCCAGUCCACCAGGCUCACCCUUAUCUGCACUCCUGUGAGCUGUGGGUCCAGCCCCUGCCAGUCAGGCUGCAUCAGCUCCUGUGAGCCCUCCUGCUGCCAGCAGUCCUGCUGCCAGUCCUCAUGCUGCACUUCCUGCCCCUGCCAGCAGACCUGCCGUGUGCCUGUGUGCUGCAAGCCUGCCUGCUGUAUGCCUGUCUGCUGCAGACCUGUCUGCUACAAGCCCAUCUGCCGCAUCCCCGUAUGCUGUGGGUCUACACCCUGCUCAGCCUCCUCAUACUGCCAGUCCUGUUCCCCCUCCUGCUGCAGGCCCUACUCCUGCAUGUCCCUCACCUGCCGCCCUGUGUGCAGGCCCAUCUGCUGUGCCCCGACCUCCUCCUGCUGCCAGCCCAGUUGCUACCGCUCAGCUUCCUGCUUGUCCCUGGUCUCCCAUCCUGUGUGUUCUCGCCCUGCCUGCUGCAGUACCACUUUGACCCAGAAAUCUUCCUGCUGA